CUACGAAGCAGCGGCGCGGCCAAAAUCCCCCAAAUCCUCUCGGAGCCCGAGGUCGCUUGGAGUCGGCGCGGCGGCGCACGCAAUGCCCGCCCUGCAGCCUCCACCGGCGUCGUCUCCGGGGCGGGAGCGGGAGCGGGGCGACGCGGCUGCUUCCUCCGCCGGUGGGCGCCGCCGCUCUCGCUCGCCGCCUUGGAGCCCUCGCGCGCGGUCCCCGUCCCUCUCGCGGUCGCCGCCCUCGUCGUCGUCGUCGUCCUCCGAGGAUGAACGUGAGAAUUGCGAGACCCAAACUGAAACUGCAUGGAUGGAAUUGGGAUUCUCAAAUUCAGGGCCUCGAGGUGUAACUGAGAUCACUUAUCUUCUGAGGUCCCACGAGCUCAAGAUCAGUGAGUUGGAGUCAAAAGAGCAGAUUUACUGCAACAGCCUGGUUCAACUCGAAGAGAGAAUCGCAUCACUAGAAUAUUACAAGGAGAAAUUGCUUACAAGACUUUCAUGGACAGAAGAGGCCAAUUCGACUUUGAGAUCUGACAAUUCCAAAUUGAAGAAUUUGGCAUACAGUCUUAAGGAAAGGGUGGACGAGUUAGAAAAAGACAACUUCAUGCUAGGGCUGAAGAUGAAUGAGUUUGCUCAAGAGAUGGAACGAUUUCAGAUGCAGGUAGGAUCAACCAACACACAGAUGCAGGAUAAUCUUGAUGAUAUGGCCAAAGCUUUUGAAUCUAAAGAAAGACAUGUCACCUUCACACAACAAAAACUAGCGGAUUCGAUCAACCAUCACGAAGAAAGAAUCACAACACUAGAACAGGAUAUAAGCCAAUGUACUCAACAUGUUCAAUCACUUCAGGUCAAGGUAAAAUCAAACACCAGUCAACUGGAAACCAAUAAUAAUGAUCAUCAUUCGCUUGAGAAUAGGAUUCAAGUUUUGGAAUCAACAGAAAGGCAGAACGCUUCUAGAUUGGUGAAAAUGGAGGAGUCUAUUAUCCAUCAGCAUGAAAGAACCAUAGGAGUAGAGCAAGACUUGAGUGCAAAUAUAACUCAACAUGGUCAGCAAAUUCAAACGCUCCAGAACAAAGUACAACUGCAAACCAAUAAUAAUGAAGCUCAUUUGCUUGAGAAUAGGAUUCAAGUUUUGGAAUCAGCAGAAAGGCAGAACGCUUCUAGAUUGGUGAAAAUGGAAGAUUCUAUUAUCCAUCAGCAUGAAAGAAUCAUAGGAGUAGAGCAAGACAUGAGUGCAAAUAUAACUCAACAUGGUCAGCAAGUUCAAACGCUCCAGAACAAAGAAAAUGAUGUUCUUAUGAAGUCUUUUCAGUCGCUGCUCACUUGUAUGGUACCAUUUAUUGUUGCGUUUCUGCUAUCAAUGCUUAGCAGCCAAUCUGAUUUCGGUGAAUAUGAGAAGGAUCUUGUGAUUCAAGUUUCGUUGGUGUGUGGAUUACCUGGCGUAAUGGCUAUGGUCUUUGCUCACUUAGCAAGUGGACCAUUUUGGACUUCUAUCGUAGCAAGCUUGACAUUAUACUUUGUCAUUUAUAGCAUCACAUUAGUGUAUUAUGCAUUCAUAAGACUUCUACCAUGGAGUCCAUGGACAAGAUUGCAGUUUUAUGCUACUGUCAUUCUUCUUGCAAUAUUCCUGAUCGUGGUCCUUACCAUGCUGAUUGUUUGGGGGAGUUUUGUUAAAAAACCAAAGUUCACGCGUUGGAUUGCAAGUUACUUUUCAUGUUGUCCAGGGCCUGAAUGAUAGAUGUCUAUUACAGGAGGUAAACAAGUGACUACUCUGGUGCCUUGCAAAGUUUAUCAUUGAAGACAAGUUGCCAAUGAAGAUUCAGAAGCUUGAUUGUGUCACAUUUGUUGUACAGAUGUUACUACUAUGUCUAGAAGUUUUACAUACUUAGGAUAACGUUGAAGAACUUUUGCUCAUAGCUAAUAGAAAGCGAGAGAUAUGCUAACUUGGAUAAAGUCUAGAUAUUUCUACUGCCUUCAAUUCCUUUUUUUUAAUCAACCGUAAACGAAGUUAUGCAUGGUUAGGAAAUACUUCACAUUAUUUUUUUUUU